UUUAUUUUACACUGAUUGAUUUUACACCCAUAAAGGCUGUAAAAUCAAUAAAUUUUCUCCUUUUCUCUGGCUGCAUUCUUGCAGCCAUUGAGAAAUACUGUGAGAGCUGUGAUUGGUCACAGCUUAUCACAUGUAGUAAGCAAUGAUGUCAGGAAGUGACAUCUUGUUUACUACUAUUGAUGUGAUCACUAAUUGGCCAAUCAGGGAUCACAUGAAUUGGGACCUCACACAGAGGUCCCGUACAGCGAUCGGUGUUCCUCCGGACACAGCGGGCACCAGAUCGUGGUGCUGCAUGCUCUCAAGGAGCAUGCACAGGCAGUGAAUGUGGGGGCCGUUUAUAAACGGCGACCCGCUUUAGCACUGCCCCCCAUCCAGCCGUUUAUGUACAUGGGCCGGAUGGGUAGUGGUUAA